GCUGCUGGUUGCCCGCCUCGAUCACCAUUGCUGGCUGCAACAACAGACAGGUAGAGCGUGGUUUGUUUCGUCAGCGACUGUAAGGGCCCAGCGGAAGCUUUCGUUCGACUCACCUGGGAUAAUUAGUCUCAAUCGAGAAGCAUGUCGGAGUUUGAGGCGGAGCGUGGGAACCCCACUGAACCAGAACACGUACACUGGGCGGGCAUGAUGCCGGCAAUACCACAGCCUGGUGCUGGUGCUGCUGCAGAGAGCGUGGGUGAGAUAGAAGCGCAAGGUGAAGCACUUGACGGAGGUGGGGCUGAGGGGAAGGAACAAGCAACAGGAGACGUUUCGAAGGAAGCGCCAACCACUUCAGUGGAGACGGGGGGACAUGCAGAAGAGCACACGACGCGUCUAACCGAGGGCCAUGGAUCUUGCUCUGGUCCUACUGGCAUGGAGGAGGGAGGAGAGGCACAAAACCACCACCACAGCCACGGCUGCAGCCACGAAGGCCACGACCAUGACCACGAGAUGGUGGAGUCCCACGUGGGUACGCUGGAGCUCGUGAGGCCGGGAGACGUCGUGGAGCUGGUGGAAGGGAUGCAAGACCUGUACAUCAUGGGCACGGUAGACGGGUUCCAGAAGGUCACCAAGAUGGACGGGUUGCAAGACAUGUCAUCCCUCACGGAGAUGACCCUACAGUCGUGCCUCAUCGCGAAGAUGGAGGGGCUCGAAGGCCUGACGUCCCUCACACGGCUCACGCUGUACGACAACCAGAUACUCUCGCUCAACAUCCCGCCGAGCCUCAGCGGCCUAACCUACCUGGACAUGUCGUACAACCUCGUCAAGAGCACGGCGCCCAUCGCAGGCUGCCCUUUGCUGGACGAGGCUUUCGUGGCGCAAAAUCGCGUUCGCGCCAUCGAGGGGUUUGAGGGCCUCACUCGCCUGCGAAAGCUUGACCUAGGGGCAAACCGAAUCAGGGCGAUAACCGGACUAGAGGCGUGCACUUUGCUGGAGGAGCUGUGGCUUGGCAAGAACAAGAUCACCCAGAUCGGUGGCAUCUCCACGUUAGUAAGACUCAAGAGGCUGGACGUCCAGAGCAAUAGGCUGACCGCCAUCGAAGGGCUGGAGGGAUUGACGGAGCUGAGGGAGCUCUACCUCUCGCACAACGUCAUCGAUAAUGCUCACGGACUCGAGUCGCAGGUUAACUUGGACACGCUGGACCUGUCGAGGAACAAGAUCGACAGCUUCGACGGCCUCCAGCACCUGGGUCAGCUCACAGACCUUUGGAUGAGCGGCAACCUCAUCUCCACCUUCGAGUCCUUGGAUGCCCUCAAGCCCCUGGGGAGCUUGACGUGCCUGUACCUCGAGCAUAACCCCCUGUACACUGACUUCGAGUACCGCAAGAGGCUGGCGGUCGUGCUGCCGACCCUAACCCAGAUCGAUGCCACGGCCGUCGCUCGCUGAUGACUUCUCCACUUGGCUCUGCAUAGCGCACAACGAUUAGCCUCAUCCUGUUGUUGUUGUUGUUGUUGUUGUUGUUGUCGUUGUUGAAAACAGGCUAGAAUGAUCCCGAGCUUCCCUUUUGCAGGGUCAACGAACGCUCCCGCGCGCGCGGGGCUUGAUUUUUUUUUUUGUGUUGAGAUGUGAUUAUUCAGCAUGACGACGAUGAUGCCUCUGCGCCGUGGGCUCUCCGGCUGUAGAGCGGCGACAAUUGAGAUUGUCCCAGGUGAUUUUCAUGUUGUUGCCAUGAUAUAUCAAUGAGAGCGUUUGGAGCGAGGGGGCGAGGGGGGUCGUCAUUCCGCGUGGCUUCUUGUAACGCGUUCACUUUCCUGCCCUAGAGAAACGAUUGGUUUUGUUGAGAGGAGCGGUUGGGGGGGGUUAUGGUCGUGUACGUCCGUGUGACCCCUUGUAGCAUGACCAGGGAAGGAAGUUACAAUAGCACCUUCCCUGGGGGGUGGACAUCUGCCCCCAGUUUUUUGCCGCCUGUGAUGUGCGGCGUUUCGCUGUCGCGUGUUUUGCUGCCGCUCUGGUGUGCAAUACCCCCCCCCCCCCCCNCCCCCCCCCCCCGGCUGGCAUUGUUUCGGUGACGAGACGAAAUAUUUGAUAAUUAGAGCUACGUAUGCAUAGUGUAGGUUGCGUAUUUAGUCAUCAUGGAGGUGGCGGUACGCCCCCAUUUUGUGCAUAAUAACCGUAGAUUGGACAGGCCAUACCCGGCCUACCAAAGCUGGGGGGCAUUUCAAUAGCAGGAGGAACCGAUCGCGAACAUUCCCGCGUUUUCUUGUGCAGGACAGUAGAGCAGUCGGGUGUGGCCCAGGGUCUUAUCUACCGUAAAGGGAACGGCGUGUUCGAUCUGCUUGGCGUGUGUGCGCUCUAUUCUGGUUCCUCGUGACCUGCGCGCUUCUUGGUUAAAUACCUCCAAUACACCUGCAAGACCCUAGAAAACAAAUUUGAGUGUUGUUGUCACAAACUGUGACAAGUUAGAAUGUUGUCGGUUUUCAAGAAGUACUUGUUUUGUGGC